AUUGUGAGAUACUGUGAAGCUAUCAAUGUCAUUUGCCGAGUAUAUAUAAAAGGAACUUGUUGAAUAAUACAGACGUUAUUUAUAGACAGUACCGCCAUGAACUUCAUUCUGAUACCGUUCUUCCUAGCCACAAAUUUGAUAAUCAACGACGAUGCUUGGUACAAUGGACCGGAGUAUUCAUUUUCCGUACACUGGAGCAUAAUCUCGGAUCUCGAAAAAGAAAAGGGUCGCUACAUGGGUAAAGCUUUAUUAAUGACAUUGAAAUGUUUACCGAGAGAGGAUUAUUUGAUUUGCCAUUUCGAAGAUGCCAAAAUCGGUAAAUGGUCAUCGAAAAAAUUCGAUCGCGAAGGUGCAUUACCAGCGAGGAACACGAGCUACGAACGAUUUAACUUCAGUGUUAAUAAUUUCGUAAUCAAAUUUCAUCAACAUGGGAUCGAUCAUUAUGUAGUAGAAAAGGAUGAUAAACUCGUGAAUCAGAUUUUAAUCGACAUGUUUAGAACGAUCGUUAAUCAACUUAACAUUGCAACCAAUUUAGAUCAAAAGGAUGAUAAUUUUCAAGAGAAACAGAUUUUUUUUAUGGGUGAGUGCCCGGCCGAUUACAAAAUUUUACGAUCGAAAGUUAAUAAUUAUUGCGAUAAUAAGAAAUUCGAUUUGGUGUUACUUAUCGAUUCGAAAUUGAACGACGACGAAAUUAUACGAAUCAAGAGGCAAAUUGUUCUAGAUCAAUGUGUUCCACCUGAUUUAUACUAUUUUAUUGGAAGGGAUAUUCACAGUACUAUUUUCGAAAACACUACGGAUCGUUUGAUAUCAUCGGAGAGUAACACGAGGAUUUCAAAAAAUUGUUUCACCACCGAGACGUUAAAUAUCGUUGAUAUAUACGAUCAAGAGCACAAAAAACUUGGUAAUGUUUUGGAUCAUUUAUAUAUAUCACUCGAUUCUAUUCAUCCGGCUCAAGGUAGUUCAAAAUGGAUAUAUAAUCCGACGACCAUCGAUGUCGUCGUGAAAACUCGAUCAAAUUACAAGACGGAUUUAAAUGACAGCGCGUUAAGGGGUCAACAGGGUAUGUUGGUAAUAGGUACAUAUAAGAGGAGCGAACGAGAAGAGCUUAAAUGCAGUUGCAUAGCGUACGUUAUCAUGAUCACGUUGUUGCUAUUACCAUUUUUUCUAGCGAGCCGAAUUUCGGUCGAUAUCGAAUCGCUCCUACAUGGACCUGAAUACACUUAUCGAGUAGAAAUUAUUACCGUAAAGAAGGCUGGAGGCCAACCAUGUGCAAGUACUGAUAUAAAAGCAUUCGACGCUGUCAGUACGUUAAAAUGUCGUCCGCGAGUUCCCGAUACUUUGAAUUGUCGUUUCGAAGCAGCAAAAAUGCAAAUUUACGAGGAAGCUUUAUACGAGUUGGCGCGAGAAACUGUCGAAGAUCUUUGGAUGGACGACGAACCUUUCGAAAUAAUAUUCGACAAAAAUGGAAUUAAAAAUCUGAUCGUUACGAAACAUAUGAAACCAUGGAUAAUCGAUAUGAUACGUUCGAUAGUUAAUCAAUUAAAUAUCGGUGUAGAUAUUAGAAACAAACAAGAUGGAAUAUUCACGACAAUCGAAAGAUCGUUUCUCGGCGAAUGUCCAGCUAAAAUCGAGCUCUAUCACGGAUUAUCGUACGAUAAUCAAUGGAAGGAUGAAAAAUUUGAGAUAAUACCGAUGAAUGGAAUAAAUAAAGUUACUUCGGAAUUUUUUAGAAUUGAAAAGAGAAGGAAUAUCAAUGAUUGCGAACACGGGGUAUAUUUUUUUGCGAGCAAAUCAGCAUAUACUAAUUUUCCUCGGGACGUCACCGUGACUAUAAAAUCAUCGACGAGUCGUAUAAUCAUAUCGGAUUCCAACUACACUUCUUACACGGUCAACGAGUUUUUAGUAACUAAUAAGGCUAAAACUAGGAAUUUCACGUUCCACGAGAAGAUUAACUUAAAUUUGGAAACGAUAUCUGCACCGAUAAACGAUAUACCUUUGAUCCCCGAUGCUACAUCGGUCAGCUUUAUGAUUUAAACUCGUCGUCGGGACAAGAACGAAGAGAGAGAUGAAAAGAAAUUCAUUUGUUAUGAAAGAUAAUCGAUAAACUACACGAAAACACGAAUAUCGAAUUAAUUGUUAAUUAAUAAAAUAAAGUGAACGUACGAUUUAUUAUUA